AUGAUCUUAUCGACUGCCGUUCUGUCCGUCCUGCUUCCGGCCGUGUUGGCCCUUCCGAUACCCGACUUGAGCAGUCUAAUCGCCGAUCUUGAAUCCUUCGAGGCAACCCCGGGUUCUAGCCCGAUCGAGGCUCUCGAAGCAAUCUUUGGGAACAUUCAUGCCGAUAAUGCUAGUGAAGCGACUGCUACGCCAGUGGUGGUGGACAGGAACGAAUUGAUCGAUGGUCAUUGCAAUGACAUUAUUGUUAUUUUCGCACGGGGGUAUGAUAUGAAAUCCCUCGUUUGAUGCACAUAUGAUAUAUGCUUGACACAAAUUCUGGGGAAUUAUGUUUUGACAAUGGGUAUAGCACAACCGAACCAGGGAAUGUUGGUGGUAGUGUCGGUCCUUCGUUUUUUGAUGCUCUGGCUACGCUAGAACCUGAGAGGGUCGUUGUUCAAGGAGUCGAUUACCCUGCUGAUAUCUUGGGAUAUCUUCAAGGCGGGAGUGACUCCGGCGCCUCCAAUAUGGCUUAUUUGGUUGGCCUGGCUGCUUCUCAAUGUCCUGAUUCUAAGAUUGUGCUUUCCGGGUACAGGUGAGUAGUAGUGACAUUAAUCUUGCUUUCGUGCUCAGACAUGGGACCGGAUCAGGAGGCCUCCCUCCUCGUCUCUCUUAAACAACGAGAGCGGGAGGAGCUUCCCUAAUUAUUUCCCCUCCCAUCCCUGAGCACCCCACCACCUGGUCAUUAAUGCCAACUCCGGGGGCAGCCAAGGAGCACAGGUUACCCAUAAGGCAGCCAAGGAAAUUCCCGCUCCCCUUCAUCCCAAAGUUGCAGCAAUCGUUCUCUUCGGCGACCCAAACAACCGUCUCCCCUUCCCGGGAACCCUGGAUGACAAUGUCAAAACCUUCUGUCGUGAGGGUGACUUUAUCUGUCUUGGAUUGCCUAUUCUAAAUGAGGCCCACUUGCAGUAUGGAGACGACGCUCUCGAAGCUGCGGCCUAUGUUGCUGAAAGGGUCUAA